GUAGCAGCAGCAGCAGCAGCACGGCGCCGCCAUGGACAAGGCCACCGCCGUCACCGACAACCACCACCACCACCACCACCAUCACAAUCAGCAACAGCAGCAGCAGCGCCUGAGCGGCCCAGGCUGUCCUUCAGCAUCGAUGCCAUCCUGGGCACCGCCACGCCGCGCCCCGCGCCCUCGGAGUCCCCGGGGGAGGCCGAGGCGCGGCCCGCCUCCUGCAGCAGUGUUGCCAGUGACGUGUCUCUCCUGAGCCAGGAUUCUGACCGCUCCCUCAGUCCCGCCGCGCCGCCCACACGCCUGCCGCCCCUCAUGCCCCCGGCCCACUGGCUGCCCGCACACCCCUACCUGCAGUUCCCCAUCGGCCACGGCCCCCACGGCCUGCCCAAGCUGCCCUCCUCCGUGGUGCUGAGGAAGCACAAGCCGAACCGCAAGCCGCGCACGCCCUUCACCACGCAGCAGCUGCUGUCGCUGGAAAAGUUCCGGGAGAAGCAGUACCUCAGCAUCGCCGAGCGGGCCGAGUUCUCCGCCUCGCUCAGCCUCACCGAGACGCAGGUCAAGAUCUGGUUCCAGAACAGACGCGCCAAGGACAAGCGGCUCAAGGAGGCGGAGAUGGAGCGCCUCACCAGACCGCUCUUCUCGCCCUACGCAGCGGCGGCGGCGGCAGCGGCGGCGGCAGCGGGUGCUGCGGGCGGCGGCGGGGACAUGCUGUCCCUGGACGCGCGGUUGCCGGCCCUGCCCCUACAGCGUCCCCUCGUGCCGCUGUUCGGGUAGUGCCCCGCGGUGCCGCCGCCCGCCGCCACCGCCUCGCCGCCCACCGUCCUCCAGUCUCCGUGGAGCCUCUAGUCACCCUCAGGUGAGUCCCGCCCCGUCCCGGCCUUCCCCUGCCAGGCGAGGGUUGCCCCGGGCUGUUGUGUAGUGUGCUGCCGCGGCCCUUGGACCCACGCUUAGCCUCUGUUGUGUCCCGCAGAACGGCGCCGCCCACACCGCCCACCGCCCGCCGCCCCCAGCCAGCGCCCGCCACCGAGGCCCCGCCCCGCCCUGCCCCGCGGAGACACCAGCCUGUGAUAAGAAGGAGCAGCUCACCACAGCGGUGCUCUCCUCACCACACUCAGAUGCACAUGUUUAUUUUUGUAAUAACAUAAUAAAGCCCAGAGUGAU